AUGGAGAGACUACAUUCUCGCGACAUUCGGUCCCCCGCCGCUCGAGCAGCAAUGGACACCACCGUGGCCACAUCCUCUCCUUCCAACUUCAACAGCCUCCUGAGACGCGGCGGCAGGAUGGCCCGGUCGGUGUUGACUCGCCGAAAGGACUGUAUAGAGAGCGCACAGGUCAACACCUGCGAGAAGCCCUCCAUGUCCACAGACUCUAAGAUCGGACUCAUGGCAGCAAUUGGAGUCGUCGCUCUCAUCGCCGUCAUUGGCGUCUUGGUCAUGCUUCACCUCCGCGCCCAACGCAACGCCAAAGCCGAAUUCGCGAACGACCAUCACGACGCCUCCGACUACGGACUCGACGAGAUCCCCAGCAAGCAGGGAGGCAAGAGCGGCCAUCUGAAACAACCACCUUCUCAAGCGAACCGUCUGUCGGCACAGCAACUCGUGGAGGCGCAGAAUCCAUUCGGUGCGGGUGCGGAGCUGACCGACACAGACAAGGCUUCGAGCAGGGGAAGUCCGCCAAAGUAUCCCGACGCAGUGAAGAUGUAG